AAAAGAGUGCCGUCCCAUUCCCCAGCUACAGUAUUCAGACCCGGGACGGCGUGUCGUCAUGGCGGCGACCGGCGGCGGUGUUGCGGGAGGCAUGGACCAGGUUGCGGCUGUCAGACACGGGACUCCGUUUUCCUCACGGCGGCCAGCUCCGAGCAGGCCGCGCUCUACGACCUCUACCUCGAGCGCACGCCCCUUGCCGUCCCCGUACACCAAGUUCGGACGCAGUCGACUCCAGCGCCGCCAUGCUCCACGCCGUUGCCUGCGCCCUCUCUCUUCCGCUUCCUCAUCUCCCAGACGAGGCUUCCAAGGAGGUUAUGAACCGAUGAUUAUCUUGCUACAGAUGUGCUUGGUGGCAGAGCAAAUAAUAAGCACGGACGGUAGUUUCUUUUUCUUUGUAUAAAGAGCCCAGACAGUAGAUGGCAAAAUAAAAUUGUUGGAUUAUAUCAUGGAAUCAAGUGCAACGAGAGGUUUCGAGGACAUCCCCUGUUAUUUUUACUGGUUGUACCAUUGUUGACAUCUCCUAGUUCUGUUGAAGCGCAACAAAGUAAGUAUAUAUUUUCUGCUCAAAGCAUUAAAGUUUGUAUGCCAUUGGUAGCUGAACAAGUUCACCUGCACAUCUCGCUGUUCGAGUGUUUGUUCUGUAUGUGAAUGCUUGGCUUGCAUAUUUCAUAUUUGUACAACUAAGGUGGGCAGUACUAACUACUUACAUAAACAUGGGAUUCCUGGAAGCUAAAUUGGAGGUUGCUAUUUGUAAAGAUCAGCCAUAAAUGUACAUAAACAUUAUUAGUCAGAGAACUAUAGCUAUAAUUUAUUGAUAACAUGCCACGGUAGCAUAACUUGAGGUUCUAGUAAAUAAAGUUUUUAUCGGUGAAACAAACUGCAGGUAUACAUGACGAGUGAUGAAUCAGUAAAUGCUUAGAAAUUCUGAUAAGCAUAGUACAUUCAUGUUUAACCCAAUUAUCUGGUUUAAUUCUGAAGCUUCUUAGAAAGAGAGAAUUGAAACGUUCGAUACUAACUUUACUCUGUAGCAGAAUUAGGUGUUUUAGGAUGCAUAUUUGCCUGAAUAAGGUGGCACUACUGAUUACCAUAAAUAUGCAGAUUAUAAAUUUUGCUGCCAGAUUACUUACAUGUCCUGAAACUAAUUUUCUAAUCUCAAGUGUUUGCUUCAAAAGCAGUUACUUUCUUUAGCACCGAUGACUCAAUGCGGCAUCGAAACCAAACCAGGCAUUACUUGGCUUCUACAAGCACCCAACAACUCCGACGUGGCAUCAGAAACCCGGUCUUUUCACUUAAGCACCCAGCCUAAGCACCUGCGCUGUACAUGGCCUUAAAUUGCUUCAUGCCAUUUGGACUAUGCAAUGACAUGUCUAGCAUCAUUAUCCUCAGCAAUGCAAAGUUGUAAAAUCAGUUGCACGCAUAUUGCUAAUCUAACUGAAUAAGCUGCAGAUUUCAUUUCGUGCAGUGGUAUUAUUAACUCUGACAGCAUAUUUAUGCUGAAAAUUUUCAGCACAAGCCAUGGAAGGAGCCCCGGUUUUGCAAUGAUGCAUACCAUGGAUCCCCAUACAUUUCUGGAGUCGGGCAGCUUGGCCAGAGACAAGGGCCAGAAAGGCGGCGUACCACUGUGAGAUCUGGGUCCCAGGCUUCCCGGUUCAGACAGCUCCGGUGCCUCUGAUCAGCUUUCCGGGGUUCAACCUUAACCCGCAAGCGAACGUGGAAGGAGCCCCGGUUUUGCAGUAACCAGAUACCAUGGAUCCGUUGCCAUAUGUCUAAAGCGUCUUGUGUACAUGGGCGGGCACGGCGGCUGCGGUGGGCAUUGUGGCCGGUUCACCGUGGCUGGACUGAUGCCGGCAAGGGAGAGCUGCGCCUGAAGAUGAUGGUGGAGGCCAACCCCCGGAACGUCUUCUAGUUCGAGGACGAGGUCCCGCUGAACCCGCAGGUGGUGUAGCCCAUAUUCAGCUGCAACCUGCAAGUUCAUCUGGGACAGCAGGCGGGCAGUGCUGGUGGAGCUCAGGGCCUCAGGCAACAGCGAGGAGGAGGGAGAGGAAGGGCUGGAGGUGAUGAUCCACGAGGAGGAGGGAGAGGUGGCCACGCUGCUCAUGCCAGCGCUACUGGCGCGAUAUGCUCUUCGGAGAUCUGGUGUGGCGGGCAAGGAUCGACACCGUGUGCCUGCAGCUGCACCGGCCUCCUCCGGGAGCCACCCCUGAGCUGCGACAACGAAGUGCGGGGAGUUCUUCAUCGACAUGGACAGAUGAUACUGGCACGAUGGAGACGUCGUCGUUGUACUGCUCCACGUGACGGUGGAGACGUUGCCAUAUGUUCUUCGUGCUCGCGGCAGCCGUCGACCCAGGAGUGUCAAGAAGAAAAGCCAUUUUGGAGCAAGCCGACGAUAGCGGUCAAGAAGAAGAAGCAAGACGUAGCCGGCCAUAGCAGUUCCGCCACUCUGUAAAUCCACAUGUUUCUGAACAAACUGGAGAAAUUGGUUGGUUUGCUGCUUGCUUGCGGGUGGUCAGAAAGAAGUUCAGAACUGGACGCAUUUUUGAAUCCGCAGGCCCGACGCCAGGUCCCACAAGUCAGCUUCAGAUGACCAAGAACCACACGCCUCUGGUGAAAUCUGUUGACAGCACGUUGACAGCUGUAAUCAUCAGGUGGCCCACACGUCAGCGAAGGUCGACGACCGUGGCCCCACAAGUCGGAGCGGCACCCUUUAAAGCCUCCCCUUGCCGCCUAGACGAAACCGUUGUCACAAACUCUUCUUCCCCUCGUCUCGCUCGCUCGUCUUCCUUCCUUCCUCACAACACCAAAGGAAGCCGAAGAGAAUCCAGCCAGCCACCUCCUCUCUUCCGGGCGAGGCUUCGAGAUGGAGCACCAGGCGCCGGAGCAGGAUCAGGAGCAGGAGCAGGGGCAGGGGCCGGCGCAGGAGCAGGAGCAGGCGCGGGCGCUGGAGGGGCGGACGCUGCAGGCGCAGCAGUACGCGAUGGUGACGGAGCUGUUCGAGGGCGUGGACUUCGUGCGGCUGCGGAACGGCCGCGCGUACCUGCACGCCGCCGACGACGGCCGCUCCGUCUGCCUCGACCGCCGCGCCGCGUCGCGCAACGCGGUGUGGGCCGUCACGACGGACCUCUGCGAACACACCGCCACGACGCACGUCCUCCUCCGCGGCGCCUACGGCCGCUACCUCGGGGCCCCCGACGCCACCGCGGGCUGCUCGUGCCUCCCCACCUGCCGCGCCGCCGCGCAGCGCGACCGCCACGGCCAGCAGGUCCUGGCCCUCCUCUGGCGGCCCUGCCCGACCACCCGCCAGGGCGUCUUCCGCCUUUGCGACCCGUCCGGGCGCUACCUCCGCGCCAACCCGGGGUGCCUCCUGCCGCCGUGCCGCCGCGGAGUCUCCGUCUCCGCCUGCGCUGGCGCUUACCGCGGCCUCGGCAAGGCCAUCCAGUGGGUGUUCGAGCCCGUCCCCAGGGGAGCCAGGCCGCUACUCCAGAGAACGCCUCAGUCGCUGUGGGGCAGGCUCUUCGCCCACGUUCCGCUGUCCGGCCUCUGCAUGCGCUGGUUCUCGGGGCGGGAGAUCCGGUGGCAACGCGCUGACGAGUCUGGCGCCCUCAACGAAGACAACUGGCGCUCGACACGGUUCACUGGGAGGCACACGAUCCUCCUGGAGAGGCAGCUGGUGGGACUGCUGCCCCGGGAGAUUGGCUCCCACCCCCAGUACACUGUCUGCGUCCGCGCUGGUCUCAAUGGGCUGCCGACCCCUCUGGCCAUCGACCUGCCUCGCAGCCGGGAGCCCCUGCACGUCGUGCUUUUCGCCUACACCGCAACAGCGGAGGAUCGGUUCAUGUACCCAGAUCUGAACGCAGAUGCAAAUCCGCCUCUGAUGACCAACCGCACUGCAGAUCCGCCUCUUCGACUCCCUCGCACUUUGUCCUAGAUUUUAUAGCUUGUGGGGAUCCAUAAGGGCUGAUGAUCCCUUUUUCUCUUGUGGAACCCUCGUAGGCUGAGAGAACUCCAAUACAAACUAGUUUCAGUGAUUGUUCGAGUUAGCAGGGAUUGAAGUUUUUGGUCACGCGGAAAUGCCUUCGAUGCUGUAGAACUGCAGAAACCAAGUUUCAUUGUUUUGUCAGGGUAGAAUGGUUACCGUCUUGCACGCUGACAUUGGUUACAGGUUCUUCUGAACAAAAUGCUACUGUUACAAUCUUCAGAA